AUUUUCAAACCGUCGGGUAUUGAUGAAGGGUGCUUCAGCCGGGGAGCGAAACUUAGCGUUUUAACGAGGUCCGACGGGUCUGCGAAAGUUGGUGAAACCCGCGAUACCUGCAGGGCUUGAAUAAUGUCGGUGCACCAUUACCCUCAAGGGUAUCGAUAUCGUUCCGCCGCAAAAGGCAGCUGUGUCAACGAGAGUGUUGGUCAGGAUAAUUCGGACAGUGAUGUUGCCGAGUUGAGUGAUCUCGAGGACGGGGAGGACGAGGACGAGGACGAGGACGAGGACGAGGAUGACGAGGACGACGAGGACGAGGAUGGCGAAGAUGAUGACGACGAGAGGAAUAAUCUACCAUAUCCAGGAUUCGCUCCGAUCGCCUUACGUUAUCUGGACCAAACGACACGCCCGCGCAAUUGGUGUCUAGCUCUCAUCACAAAUCCAUGGUUUGAAAGAAUAAGCAUGAUGGUGAUCCUUCUAAAUUGCAUCACUUUGGGAAUGUACCAGCCUUGCGUCGACGACGAGUGUGUUACGAAUCGCUGCAAAAUAUUACAAAUGUUCGACGAUAUCAUCUUCGCUUUCUUCUCGUUGGAAAUGACGAUUAAAAUUGUUGCAAUGGGGGUUUACGGCAAGGGAACUUACUUGGCCGAUUCGUGGAAUAGAUUAGACUUCUUUAUAGUAGCAGCUGGAGCCUUAGAAUACUGUUUGAACGUGGAAAAUAUGAGUCUAUCCGCAAUAAGGACGAUAAGGGUACUGAGACCAUUGCGUGCAAUCAACAGGAUACCCAGUAUGAGGAUACUUGUUAUGCUGCUGUUGGACACGCUACCGAUGCUCGGAAAUGUUCUUCUUUUAUGCUUCUUUGUGUUCUUCAUAUUUGGUAUUGUAGGCGUUCAAUUGUGGGAAGGAAUCCUGAGACAACGAUGUUUUCUCAGAGCUCUUCCCAAUGUUAAAUACCCUGACAAUUUAUCCAAAUACUUUGAAUAUCAAGACCAGGAUUACAUUUGUUCACGUCCAGAUGAAAGUGGUAUGCACUCGUGCAGCAAUCUUCCACCGCAUAAAAUUGGGGACCUGAUAUGCAAUAACACAGCCUUACCAAACAGUAAUAUUACAUUUAUAAGUAAUGAUUCUUGUGUGAAUUGGAAUUUCUAUUACACAGAGUGCAAAGGGCAAGGUAACAAUCCUUUUCAAGGUACCAUAUCUUUUGACAACAUCGGACUCGCCUGGGUUGCGAUUUUCCUCGUAAUCAGCCUGGAGGGUUGGACAGACAUAAUGUAUUAUGUACAGGAUGCACAUUCGUUUUGGGAUUGGAUAUACUUUGUCCUACUGAUUGUCAUUGGAUCAUUUUUCAUGAUCAACCUUUGCUUAGUCGUAAUAGCGACACAGUUUUCGGAAACAAAAAAAAGAGAACUGGAACGUAUGAGACUCGAACGUGCCCGCUUUCACUCUACUAGCACACUAGCUUCUUCGAUAAAUACUUCUGAACCGACUACAUGCUAUGCAGAGAUUGUAAAAUACAUUGGCCAUUUGUGGCGUAGAAGUAAACGUAGAUUAAUGAAGAAAUAUCGACUUUACUUGUACACUAGACAACAAAAACGGGAACAGAAGCUACUGAGAGAGCAAAGCCCAAGUCUCUCGCGCACAGUAGCGAUUCAAAUGAACAGAUCAUCUGAUAAGAGACAACAUCACAGACGAUGUCCGUACCACAGACCGCUCGCUGAAGAUGAAGAACAAAAUGGUGGUGAAUUGGGAGUGACAAGCAGUGUAAGAGUAGUUCUAGAUCCAACUGGUAGUUUAAUGCUAGCACCUCAUGCGAGUCCAGAAACCUCCGAAGUGGAAAUUUCUGCGAAUCCCUGCCACCCAAGUCUUCAUCAUCCGCCUUCAUCUAUCUCAACUCCUGGUGAUGGCAACAUUGUUCCAACGGAGACGCACAACACUCUCGCUAGUCCGAUAUUACCCAACUUUAGGCGACGAAGUAGCGUCAUGUUCAACGACGUUGUAUUACUUCAUGGUGGCAGCGCUAAUACAUUGCCAGGCUCUGUAGCCGUGGGAGAGCGAAAUAUAUGCUCGAGUGAAAAGAUGACACAGACAGGAGAUGGAAACGUUUGGUCGACACCGCAGUCAACUUUGCAAAUACAAACUGACUUGGAACAAAACGAAGCGAUGACUUGCCAAGAACUACUUGCUCUUAGUGGUGCUCUCAGUGCUGCUCUUCCAACCGGUCAAUUAGCUCUGGAUUCUUUUCUAAAUUCAUUGACCAAAGGUAUUUCGGACCGACGUAUAGUUAUGACCGACCCGACGCAAUGGCUGAACCCUGAUGCAGACAACUGUUCUUGUUGUGAAGUACAAAAUGAUCAGCCCUGGGCAGAAGAUAAUGAUAAAUGGCAAAAGUCACAGGCUAGAAAAGUUCUCGAAGCAACAGGGAGUUGCUGCGUUUGUGUGAUUCGAUGCAUUCAGCGCUGGGUCAAGAAACUUGUGGUGAACAAGUAUUUUCAACAGGGUAUCCUUGUGGCUAUUUUGAUAAAUACCCUCAGUAUGGGCAUUGAAUACCAUAAUCAGCCAGACGAGUUGACGAUAAUUGUGGAAAUAAGUAACAUCGUAUUUUCCGCCGUUUUUGCCGUUGAAAUGCUCUUAAAAAUGAUAGCAGAAGGACCUUUCGGAUAUAUCAGUAAUGGAUUUAAUGUAUUUGACGGUGUCGUUGUUGUACUAAGUGUUAUAGAACUCUGCCAAACCUAUUACGGGGAGCGUGAAGGAAAUUCCGGCUUGAGUGUCCUUCGGACGUUCCGCCUUCUGCGCAUUUUGAAGCUUGUGCGCUUCUUGCCCAAUCUUCGCCGGCAGCUGUUCGUCAUGCUUAGGACGAUGGAUAACGUCGCGAUAUUUUUUUCCCUUUUAAUCCUUUUCAUCUUUAUAUUCAGCAUCCUAGGGAUGUACCUGUUCGGGGGUAAGUUUUGCAUGUGGGUGGACCGGAGUCGGCCCUGCACCUGUAUCGAAGUGGUCUCGCACGACCCAAAGUGUCGCUGUGAUCGCAAACACUUCAACGACAUCCUGUGGGCCACUGUUACCGUUUUCCAGAUUCUUACCCAAGAAGAUUGGAACGUAGUGUUGUUCAAUGGAAUGCAGAAAACAUCUCACUGGGCAGCAUUAUACUUUGUAGCAUUGAUGACAUUUGGUAACUACGUUCUCUUUAAUCUGUUGGUCGCGAUUCUGGUUGAAGGCUUUUCUUCCGAGAGAAAUGAACGGCGGGAGAGAGAACAACGAGAAAUGGCACGGCUGGCUGCAAAGGAAGCUGGAAUCAGCAGUGAUGGAGAUUCAUCAAGAGUUUCUCAAUCACAUUCAGUAUCUGACAGUGAUACCUAUACACAGGAUCAAAAGAACUCUUGGCAAAGUGUAGAGGAAUUACGUAAGUGCAAAGACAACUGUAGCAAGGACAAGCAGAACACGAUAUGGAGACAUCCAAUAAAUGAGCCUAAAUGCAACAUCCAAAAAGAAAGUAAAAUGAUGGGCAUACAGCCGCCUGUAAUCACCCAUACAGCUGCUACUCCUCAAGACUCUCCUAAUACAACGCUAGAUACUGGAUACAGAGAGUUUAGUUGCCGUUCCACAAAUCCAAGUCUUUCAAUUGAAUCAAUCGAUCGAUCCGCUAGUCAAUGCAGCAUACCUGGCUUACUUAAGCCAAUGGAUAACAAAUUCGCAACUAACAAUCUGGCUCCAAAUCAACUUUCAAGGCGGAUCAGUCUUGUGGCCGUUAUUAACCCGUCACCGACUCGGGAUUCUAAUCCAAGCAAUCAACGAAUACAAAGAGGGUAUUCUUGGCGAUUGUCUCGACCAUCCCUGAGACGUAAGAAAAGUCAGUGCGACGACGAUAGUCGACAGACUAUUGUUCUUAAUAACGGACGUAACACGAUGCGAUCAAAUUCUAUAAAUUAUGGCGACUAUACUAAUUGCAAUGGAGGAUACCUUUACGGGUCAAUAAGAAAUGAUACGCACUGCGAUACCCCAAAUAAUCGGAUGCACAUUGCUAAUAAUCGCAGUAUUAGCCCAAAUAAUUCUACCAAAAGUCGAAGUUCUUCGAUUGCGCAUUACACAGCUUCAAAUAUGAGGUGGAUCGGUGAUUUAUCACGUCAGAAUUCGUUGAGCAGUUACGACCAGAUGCACGUUCAAAAAACGGCGUUAGAUGAAAAUGCAUUGAAUUCAGCUGCUAGAACCAUAAACAAUUUGUCCAUCGAAGCUAGACCUUUACCACAGAUCAAACAACUUUCCGAAGAAAUGGAUUCUCAACUUGACGAGCAAGCUGCACAAUCUAAUGGCAAUGGCAGCAUAUCUAGUGUUGAGAAAAUAAAAAAAAUAUUCAUGUUUUUUGAACCGAAGGGAUGUCUGAAAGAAAGGGACGAUUUCUCUUUAUAUCUUUUCGCACCACAUAAUAGGUUCCGAGAGCUCUGCCGCUGGUUUGUCGGACAAAAAUGGUUUGAUAACAUGGUCCUUCUUUUCAUAGGAUUAAAUUGCAUAACAUUAGCAAUGGAAAGACCGAAUAUACCUCCCAACAGUGGCGAGCGAAUCUUUUUAUCUUCCGCCAAUUACGUUUUUACAGCUGUCUUUGCAGCAGAGAUGUUUGUGAAGGUCGUAGCAUCUGGUAUGCUGUAUGGGUAUGAUGCUUACUUCACAUCAGGCUGGAAUAUCAUGGAUGGUUCACUGGUUAUAAUAUCCAUAGUAGAUUUACUAAUGUCUUUGAUAUCUGAAAGCAGUCCAAAGAUCUUUGGAAUUUUGAGGGUAUUUCGGUUACUGAGAUCUCUAAGGCCUCUCCGAGUAAUAAAUCGAGCUCCAGGAUUGAAAUUAGUAGUUCAAACGUUAUUAUCAUCGUUGAGACCUAUCGGAAACAUCGUGCUAAUAUGCUGCACGUUCUUUAUGAUAUUUGGAAUAUUGGGCGUACAACUCUUCAAGGGCGCAUUCUACUAUUGCGAAGGACCAGAUUUAAAAAAUGUUCGCAAUAAGACAGAUUGUCUAGCCGACAAACGAAACCAAUGGGUCAAUCGCAAAUACAAUUUUGACGAUCUAGGAAAAGCACUAAUGUCACUUUUCGUAUUAUCUUCUCGUGAUGGAUGGGUUAAUAUAAUGUACACUGGCCUGGAUGCCGUUGGUGUUGACCAACAGCCUGUAGAAAACUUUUCUGAAUGGAGACUACUCUACUUUAUUGCAUUCAUUUUGUUAGUUGGUUUCUUUGUGCUGAAUAUGUUUGUUGGGGUAGUCGUUGAGAAUUUUCACAGAUGUCGGGAGGAACAAGAAAAAGAAGAGCGUGUCAGAAGAGCUGCGAAGCGAGCUCUUCAAAUGGAGAAGAAAAGACGCAGUAAGCACUUUGGGUUUCAAGAAAUGCACGAGCCACCAUAUUACACAAAUUAUUCAAAGUCUCGACUAUUUGUUCACAAUGUUGUAACUUCAAAGUAUUUCGAUUUGGCAAUAGCAGCUGUAAUUGGUCUCAAUGUUGUAACAAUGGCAAUGGAAUUCUAUAUGAUGCCCAAAGCUCUGACUUAUGCCUUGAAAAUAUUCAACUACUUCUUCACCGCCGUUUUCAUCCUAGAAUCUUUUAUGAAACUCUUAGCUCUCGGACUGCACCUGUAUUUGAAAGACAAGUGGAAUCAGCUGGAUGUUGGGAUAGUCAUACUAUCGAUAGUAGGAAUAGUUCUUGAAGAAGUGGAAUCCAAAAUAAUACCGAUAAAUCCAACUAUAAUUCGUGUGAUGCGAGUACUACGGAUUGCAAGAGUUCUGAAACUCCUUAAAAUGGCAAAGGGUAUACGUGCCCUCCUGGACACAGUUAUGCAAGCAUUGCCCCAAGUCGGAAAUCUAGGUUUACUUUUUUUCCUUCUUUUUUUCAUAUUCGCAGCAUUGGGAGUUGAGCUCUUUGGUCGAUUAGAAUGCAGUGAUGACAUACCUUGCCAAGGAUUGGGAGAACACGCUCACUUCAGCAAUUUUGGAAUGGCCUUUCUCACUCUCUUCAGGGUAGCAACUGGCGACAAUUGGAACGGCAUUAUGAAAGACACUCUCAGAGACGAUUGCGACGAUGCAACAGAUUGCGUUAAGAAUUGUUGCGUCAGCACAAUUAUUGCACCAAUAUUUUUCGUUAUUUUCGUUCUCAUGGCACAGUUCGUUCUUGUAAAUGUCGUUGUCGCCGUAUUAAUGAAGCAUUUGGAAGAGAGUCACAAACAGAUGGAAGAUGAGCUCGAUAUGGAAACUCAACUCGAAAGAGAAUUAGCUGCUGAGCAAGAAGAGCUAUUGGACGAGGAAGACAUGAACGAUGAAAGUUUGAAUACCAGGCCAGGAUUAUCUAAAGUUCGCUCACUGCCUGCUAAUUUCACGUACAACCCACCUAAUGAAAACUACAGUAAUAAAGAAGACUUAUCGAUAACUUUCAAUGAACGAAGAGGAUCAAGCUGUCGCUCCAACAAACCAUUUAAGUAUAGAAUGAAACGCAGGCAGACGUUCCAUACCCAUCAGCGGAGUUCAUUAUUUCCAAUCGUGUCUACGCCAAUACAUUUUGAGGUUGCCGAAGUGAUAAAGCCUGCGAGCAAUCUCAGCGUCCCACGCAUCAUAUCACAACAUCAUAUUUCAAACUUUGGUAGCACAAAGUACCUUCAUCCACCUGCUAUAUCCGACGUGGCUGAAGACAAGUGCUACCUUACAGUUAAUAGUGCAUCGCACGAAUCCUCUCAGAGGAGGCCACCUAUCAAAUCUAGUUCCGGAGACGUAAAUGCUCAUCUCAUACCUAAGUGUUCUAGUUACCUUUUACGUAAUAGUGAGUAUCUUUCGAAGCACAGAAAAUCGAACGAUUCGCAAUCUUCUCUAGAUGCAAGUCUAAGCUGCAAGUUGCCAAAUCUGUCAGCACCGAACGCGUAUGGUAAUAAUUUAGUAAAAAAUAAGGGAGAAACGGGUACGAAAGAGGAAAAACUGCCUCUGGAUCACGAUUUGGAUGUACAGUCUGUAAUAAAUGAGAGGAGGCCGUCCAAAUUGAAAUGCAGUAAUGUCAAUGGUAAAGGAGGGUAUGUAUCAAAGACCAACAGUUUCAAUCACAUUUAUGCAAGGGAGGAGAUCGAGAACAAAGCUGUCUCCAAUGUCGAAAACGAUAUUAGGAUUUACGUCGACGACACCGAUUCACAAAGUAGCGAAAAGGAUAAAGUGACUAAUGAGGAAGAGGGUAGAGAUUGUAGGAAAAGAUCGUUAGGGGCAGUAUCGAAUAUUUCUCUGAUCAAAAAAAGUGAUACAGACGUUGUUUCAAGCUCCACAGAAGAUCUGAGAAAUUCACAGACCAAUAAUAGUCCGUAAUAGCAUUUCGUUGUACCUGUACUUUUCUGAAACAAAGAAUUUCUACUUCCGUUAAGCUUCGGAUUAUGAAGCUUAUUCCUGCAAUCAAUCAAUCCGAAACCUGAACUACUGUGUCUAUUGUGCAUUUGUAGGUGAAAAGUAUACUAAAAUGUUAUUGUAAGAUUGUUAUAUCAUUUAAAGACAGUCAGGAUAUUCUUUGCUUUGCGAAAGAUAAACCUGUAACAUUUAUUGAAACUCUGUUUUCUUGGUGAAAACGUAAAAAGGGUGUGAGAUAUUAUACCUACGUAUUCAGAGCUCUAUUAGAGAAUGUAUUUAUGAAAAUUUCUUAGCGGUU